CCCAGGCGAUGUUUUUCUGUGCACAGACUCUCAUUAGCAUAGAGGAAACCUCCUUCCACUCCAGCACCGCUCCCUCCCCGGCCAUCGCUCGCUCUUCACACAGCCACCAUCCCUCCCGUUCUCCCCUGCUUUUCGGUUAUUUCCGGUUAUCUGAAUGCCACGGAACCUGGCUUUGUGGAUCUCUUUGAUUUAACCCUCCCCUCCCUCAGUCUAAACCUUCUCUUGGGGGGUUAGGAUCCCAAGAGAAUCGUCAGGGUUCGAAUUCUAGAAUCUUGGAAUCCGUACCCGCCCGGGUCUCCAGGUCCUGAUGGUGCCGGUGCUGUUGCCAGAUUAGACCCAGGAUUCUAGCUGCACGGAACCCUGGCGUCAGAGGUUGAAGAACCAUGUGCAGCCACAGAAUGGUGUUGCCGAUUUCUGUCAUUGCCCACCUUCUGCUCCUUGUUGGCAGCACCACUGGAGGUUAUUUGCAAUUCAUAAAAAAGCCCACUAAUGAAAUAGGCGUUUCUGGUGGUGUAGCCUCCUUUGUGUGUCAAGCAGCAGGUGAUCCUAAACCUCGUGUCACGUGGAACAAGAAGGGAAAGAAAGUGAACUCGCAAAGAUUUGAGACUAUUGAAUUUGAUGAGGGAGCUGGGGCCGUUCUACGUAUCCAACCUCUGCGGACGCCACGAGAUGAAAACACGUAUGAAUGUGUUGCGCAGAAUGCUCACGGUGAAGAUACAGUUAGUGCCAAGCUCACAGUUUUAAGAGAGGACCAGUUGCCCCAUGGCUUUCCAAAUAUUGAUAUGGGUCCCCAGUUGAAGGUGGUAGAGCGCACAAGAACAGCCACCAUGUUGUGUGCUGCCAGUGGAAACCCGGACCCUGAAAUAACUUGGUUUAAAGACUUCCUCCCUGUUGAUCCUGCUGCAAGUAAUGGGAGAAUCAGACAGCUUAAAUCUGAGACCUUUGAAAAUACUCCAAUCCGAGGUGCUUUGCAAAUUGAGAACAGUGAAGAGACCGAUCAGGGGAAAUACGAAUGUGUGGCCACCAACAGUGCUGGAGUCCGCUAUUCAUCACCAGCUAAUCUUUACGUGAGAGUUCGUCGUGUUGCUCCCCGGUUCUCCAUCCUUCCAGUGAGUCAUGAGAUAAUGCCUGGAGGUAAUAUAAAUAUAACUUGUGUUGCCGUUGGCUCACCCAUGCCAUAUGUAAAGUGGAUGAUGGGUGCUGAAGAUCUAACCCCUGAAGAUGACAUGCCUGUGGGCCGUAAUGUUCUGGAACUCACCAAUGUCAAGGAAUCUGCUAACUAUACUUGCGUUGCAAUGUCAAGUCUUGGUGUCAUUGAGUCCGUAGCCCAGAUAACAGUCAAGUCACUUCCCAAAGCACCUGGGGUACCUGUUGUGACUGAGACCACUGCCACAAGCAUUACUAUCACUUGGGAUUCUGGAAACCCAGAUCCAGUGUCUUACUAUGUUAUCGAGUACAAAUCGAAAAGCCAAGAUGGACCUUAUCAGAUCAAGGAGGAUAUCACUACUACAAGAUACAGCAUUGGAGGACUCAGCCCUAAUUCUGAAUAUGAAAUAUGGGUGUCUGCAGUAAACUCUAUUGGUCAAGGACCACCAAGUGAAUCCGUAGUAACAAGAACUGGGGAACAAGCUCCAGCUAGUGCACCCAGAAAUGUUCAAGCACGUAUGAUUAGCUCCACAACCAUGCUAAUUCAAUGGGAAGAGCCAAUAGAACCUAAUGGCCAAAUUAGAGGAUAUCGAGUUUACUACACCAUGGAGCCUGACCAAACAGUUAGCAACUGGCUGAAGCAUAAUGUGGUCGAUAACUUCUUGACUUCUGUAACAAGCUUGCUGGAACAUGAAACCUACACAGUUCGAGUCUUGGCGUAUACGUCAGUAGGGGAUGGACCACUCUCAGAUCCCAUUCAAGUGAAAACCCAGCCAGGAGUCCCAAGCCAGCCAAUGAAUUUCAGAGCUGAAGCCAAAUCGGAAACCGGUAUUGUACUAACAUGGAGCCCACCGCGUCAGGACAGUAUUUUGAAGUAUGAGGUUUGCUACAAAGAAGGAGAUCGAGGAGUUGAAAUCAGAAAGACAUUUGAUCCUGCAACAACUUACACAGUAGAGGGCCUAAAACCGAACACAGAAUAUGUAUUCCGCCUUGCUGCUCGAUCAACGCAAGGCAUGGGAGCCUGGACUUUGGAUAUCAAAGAGAGGACAAAGCAGUCUAAACCGUCUGCCCCCCCUCAAGACGUAAAGUGCGUCAGCACCAGGUCCACCACAAUACUGGUAAGUUGGCAGCCACCCCCGGCUGAAAGUCAGAACGGCAUUCUUGCUGGAUACAGUGUGCGCUACCAGGCUUUGGACUCUGAAGAAACAGAACUUAAAGAAGUGAAGGACAUUCAACCUCAGUCUACCCAGAUCCUUUUGGAAUCCCUGGAGAAGUGGACAGCCUAUCGUAUAACGGUGGUGGCACAUACAGAGAUUGGCCCUGGCCCAGAGAGCUCGCCCGUUGUGAUACGCACUGAUGAAGAUGUGCCCAGUGCCCCACCACGUAAAGUGGAGGUGGAGGUAUUGAACUCGACCGCCAUUAAAGUAUUCUGGCGUUCUCCCAUUCAGAACCGGCAACACGGACAGAUUCGUGGCUACCAAGUUCAUUAUGUUAGAAUGGAAAACGGAGAGGCAAAAGGGCUGCCCCUGAUAAAAGACGUCAUGCUUGCUGAUGCUCAGUGGGAAAUGGACGACACAGCUCAGUAUGAAAUGAUUAUCAAUGGACUCCAACCGGAUACAUCUUAUUCAAUCACAGUUGCCGCUUAUACUAUGAAAGGGGACGGUGCACGCAGCAAACCAAAGAUGGUUACUACCAAAGGGGCAGUACCUGGUAAACCAGACCUCUCUGUGCAUCAGACUUUGGAAGGCAGCCUUCUAGUACAAUGGGAACCACCAACCGAUUCGGCAGGACAAGUUCUUGGAUACCGGCUGCAGUUUGGACGCAAAGAUGUUGACUUGCUUGCCGUUUUAGAGUUUGGAGCUCAAGAAACCAAGUACUUUGCAACCAGUAUUCACAAGGGUGCCGUGUACAUUUUUAAAUUGGCGGUCAAAGGCCGGGCGGGCUUUGGUGAGGAAUCUGUUAAAGAGUUCACAAUACCUGAAGAUGUGCCUAAAGGUUAUCCUCAGAUCAUUGACACAGGCAAUGUCACAUCUGUGUCUAUCCAGUUAAACUGGCUGCCACCAGUUAUGGCUGAACGAAAUGGUGUUAUCACCAAGUAUACAAUAGCGUACUGGGUAGCAGGCUCUCCAGGAAAUGCCCUGGAAUUGGACCUUCCAUCCUCAGAAAGCUCUUUCUUGAUGAGCAACCUGAAGCCAAACACUGUUUAUGAAGUCAAAAUACGUGCGCACACCAGUAAAGGUCCUGGGCCUUACAGUCCAACUGUCCAGUACCGCACUUUCCUUCUGGAUCAAGUUUUGCCAAAGAAUUUCAAGGUCAAGAUGGUUACAAAGACGUCAGUCCUUCUGAGCUGGGAAUUCCCAGAAAAUUACAACUCUCUGAUGCCUUACAAGAUUCAGUACAACACACAGACCGUGGACGUAGAGGGUAGUGCAACAAAGAAGCUGAUCACUAACCUCAAACCCAAAACCUACUACAACUUCAUCCUCACCAGUCGUGGUAACACUAUGGGUGGUCUUCAGCAAAAUGUGGCAGCACGUACAGCCCCCAACAUGUUGGGUAUGAAACCCAUUGUGAAUAGGAAACCAGAACCAGAUGGUAGUAUCAUAAUUCAACUUCCCGAUAUGGAGACGUCCGAGUCAGUGAGGAGUUAUUACAUCGUAGUGGUGCCUUUAAAAAAAUCACGUGGACAAUUCCUAAACACAUGGGGUAGCCCUGAAGAAAUGGAUUUGGAAGAGUUGGUUCAAGAAAUCACAAGACAUCGUAGAAGCCUGCGCCAUUUGAGACAUGUAGACUUUCCCAAGCCAUACAUUGCUGCUAGGUUUCGCACUCUGCCCGGGUACUUUACUCUUGGAGAUCAAAACACAUAUGAUGGCUUUGUGAACAAAGCUUUAGAAGUCGGUCAGCAAUACGUCUUUUUCAUAUUGGCCAUGCUGGAAGGAGCCGAAGAAAAGAUGUUUGCGGCAAGCCCAUAUUCUGAUAUGAUCCAAUUAGAUGAUCCAGAUCCACAGCCAAUCACUGAUGGGGAAGAAGGACUGAUCUGGGUUAUUGGUCCAGUCCUUGCUGUGGUAUUCAUAAUCUGCAUUGUCAUCGCAAUCCUCCUGUAUAAAAACAAACCAGACAGCAAAAGGAAGAACUCAGAACCACGAACCAAAUGUCUGCUAAAUAAUGCAGAGAUUGCCCCCCACCACCCAACUGACCCAGUAGAAAUGAGACGCAUCAACUUCCAGACCCCAGAUUCUGGUCUCAGCAGUCCCCUCAGUGACCCUGAGUUUGACUUUGAAAGCAUGCUUAAUCACCCGCCGAUUCCGAUCGCUGAUCUGUCCGAACACACAGAACACCUGAAGGCCAACGAUAACCUUAAACUGUCCCAGGAGUAUGAGUCAAUUGAUCCUGGACAGCAGUUCACUUGGGAACACUCAAACCUAGAAGUGAACAAGCCCAAAAAUCGUUAUGCUAAUGUGAUUGCUUACGACCAUUCUCGAGUCAUCCUCCUGCCAGUUGAAGGAAUUAUUGGUAGUGACUACAUCAAUGCCAAUUAUAUUGAUGGCUAUCGAAAACAGAACGCAUAUAUAGCAACACAAGGAGCUCUACCUGAAACCUUCGGAGAUUUUUGGCGUAUGGUUUGGGAGCAGCGUUCGGCUACCGUAGUCAUGAUGACAAAACUGGAGGAGAAGUCUAGGAUAAAAUGUGACCAAUACUGGCCAAGUCGAGGAGCAGAAACCUACGGGAUGAUCCAAGUUACUCUAUUGGAUACAAUUGAAUUAGCAACUUUUUGUGUGCGGACAUUCUCUCUACAUAAGAAUGGGUCCAGCGAGAAGAGAGAGGUCCGUCAGUUCCAGUUUACAGCGUGGCCUGAUCAUGGAGUACCAGAAUACCCAACCCCAUUCCUUGCAUUCCUGCGGAGGGUAAAAACCUGUAAUCCCCCAGAUGCGGGGCCAAUUGUGGUCCACUGCAGUGCUGGAGUUGGGCGCACUGGCUGCUUCAUAGUGAUUGAUGCCAUGUUAGAAAGGAUCAAACAUGAGAAGACAGUAGAUAUAUAUGGCCAUGUGACCCUUAUGCGGUCACAGCGUAAUUACAUGGUGCAGACAGAGGACCAGUACAGCUUUAUUCAUGAUGCCUUGUUGGAAGCUGUGGCUUGUGGGAACACAGAAGUGCCAGCCAGAAAUUUGUACACCUAUAUCCAGAAGCUAGCUCAGAUCGAGGUGGGAGAACAUGUUACCGGCAUGGAGCUGGAGUUCAAGCGCCUUGCAAAUUCAAAAGCUCACACAUCCAGAUUUAUCAGCGCCAACCUUCCAUGUAACAAGUUUAAAAAUCGACUUGUUAAUAUCAUGCCAUACGAGACCACACGUGUUUGCCUUCAGCCAAUCAGAGGAGUGGAAGGGUCUGAUUAUAUCAAUGCCAGUUUUAUUGAUGGAUACAGGCAACAAAAAGCCUAUAUUGCAACGCAGGGUCCCCUUGCUGAGACAACUGAAGAUUUCUGGAGAAUGCUUUGGGAGAACAAUUCUACGAUAGUUGUGAUGUUAACUAAACUUAGAGAAAUGGGAAGGGAAAAGUGCCACCAGUAUUGGCCAGCAGAGAGAUCUGCUCGAUAUCAGUACUUUGUGGUGGAUCCGAUGGCUGAGUAUAAUAUGCCUCAAUACAUUCUGAGGGAGUUUAAAGUCACAGACGCCAGGGAUGGCCAGUCUCGAACUGUUCGCCAAUUUCAGUUCACAGAUUGGCCAGAACAAGGUGUGCCAAAAUCAGGAGAGGGUUUCAUUGAUUUCAUCGGGCAGGUACACAAGACAAAGGAACAAUUUGGGCAAGAUGGUCCAAUCUCUGUACAUUGCAGUGCUGGAGUGGGCAGAACUGGGGUUUUCAUUACCCUGAGUAUAGUACUGGAACGGAUGCGUUAUGAGGGCGUAGUAGAUAUUUUUCAAACGGUAAAAAUGUUGCGAACACAAAGACCAGCCAUGGUGCAAACAGAGGAUGAAUAUCAAUUUUGCUACCAAGCUGGUUUGGAGUAUUUGGGCAGCUUUGAUCACUAUGCAACUUAAGAAGCCAUCAUAAGUGGAUUUUACCACUUUCAUCAAUUCUGACUCUUUUAAAGAGCGUUCAUCAAUCCAAAAACAAACAAACAAGGACUUCUACACUUGGGGUGAAAAAGUGGUGGAACAAAUAUUUAAAUAGACUCCACUUUGGGAACUUUAUGACGUGGAGAAUACUUUUCAGGACUUGUAAGGUCACGUCUAUUUCAGGCUGCUUCUGGACUGAUACCUCAAGCAGUGUUCUUGGAUACAUGUGGACCUCAACCACCAGUAGUGGUACUCUCAGCAAAGUCUACUAUCUUUCACGGAAGGAGAGUGGAGACUUAUGUUGCAUCCUCACGGUUCUUAUUAUUUUCAGUCUUUUAAAGUAGAAAUAUUCUUGAACAAAACCGCUUCUGAAUUCUUUAAGUUAGUGUCUUAACCUAACCAGGAGCCCUUAUCGGUUUUAUGACAGAAACUGAAAUUAAAUAGGCCUCUGGUGCAAACCACGGCAUGGAAACAUUAUCAUUGACCUUCUGAGCUCACUCUUCUUGCCUCUGACUUGCAACAUUCCUUACGUUCAAAUGCUGACUAUUCUCAAUUAUAUUAGGAUAUUGCUAGCUACCCACUCCCAUCUUUGCUGUGGUCUUUCAGGGGAGUCCAGCUUACCAAAUCCUGCUUCUCUUAUUUCUCCUAGAAGAUGCUUCAUUUCACAAAAUCAAUAGUUACUUUCUAAUAUCCACAGUAAACAUCUGAGAGAAAAAGGACAGGAAUUUUAUUUUUAACUCGUAGGAUGCUGAUUUCCAACUAUUCUAAGACAGUGUCCAAUAUUGUGUAUUUCUAUGUCCAAGAUACAGUGCGUCCCGAAUCAAAGUGCCGCUUGUAUAAUACUUCGGAGAGAUGUUUUGAGUGUAUGCCAGUAGCUUGCUUUAAAGUAUCAUUGUAUCUGUAUCCUAUUAUGUGACAUUAAACCCAAGCCCUUUUUUUUAUAUUGUAUUUUUCCUUUUUUUUUUUAAAAGAAAUUUAUGUCGAAAUGAAGAGAUGUGCUACUGUUCAUAUUCUGUUCAAAGACAGUCUAUUUUUUCACUGUAGAGAUGUAAUGCGUGUCGCCUACUAUGUUAUACAGUGCUAGUUGCUCCUCAUCAUAUGUCUUUUCUACAAUAGAAAGGGAUGAGCCAGACAGUUCUCCUGUGCCCCUCGGACUGGGUUAGUGAGGUUCCCAAGCUUUUCCAUCCAAAUUAUCCACGCCCAAUGGUAACUUAAAGCGCCUUUUCCACUGGGAGUGAAUAAUCGCAAGGAUGUAAGGCACUAUUUUAUUACAGGAAUUACUAUCUCGGUGAAACAGAUGUCUAUUUUCUAAAGGUCUUGGGGAGGGGAAGUCACAUGAAAAUUUGCUCUGGACCAAUCUUAAAAAAACAAAAACAAAAAAAAAUAAUCCUCACUAAUCAUGCAGAUUUAUUGCAUCAACAUUAACGGGAACGGGUAUAAUGCAGGAACACAUUAACUAAUUUUAUAUGCAGUCACACAACGGAGUAAUUUUACUUCCUGUCCCACAAAUAACUAAUAGUAAAAUUUAAUUAAAGCAACAUCACAGCAGGUAGACAACCCCAAGGUUGAAGCAAUCCAAUAUAAAAUACGGAAAGUUCUAAAAACAAUGUGAUGUAAAGUAUUUGGGCAUUUUCCAUGAGUUCAACGUGCAGACUUGGAAGUACACGCGUUUUACACUCAGUGGGUUCCAUUCCAUUAUAGCCUUUCCUAACUCGCCUGUCCCAUCUGAAACCAUUGUCUAAAAUGCACAAGCUUCUAGGGGAAUCAUAUUUUGUUUUAUUGUAAAGAGUAAAAAUGCUGCCUCUUCCCAACUGUAAUUUGGAUCGGAAAAUAAAUGUGGUUACUACGCCACAAUGUAUGUAGAUAUAUAAACUUUGUAUUAAAGAAUGAUUGAAAGAAUAA